AUGCAACUGGGGUUUUGGCUGGCAAGCAGCACCCUGGCAGCAAUGCUGGGCAUGGCUCUGCUGCAGGAUGGCGUGUGUCGGGCACCGGACGGCAAGGAUGGCUUCCCGGGAGUCCCUGGCCUUGAUGGGAGGCCAGGGCAGAAGGGUGACGUGGGAGAGCCAGGCAAAUCAGCACAGAGGACGGGCAUCAAGGGACUCAAAGGGGACACAGGCGAGCCGGGGCUUCCUGGCAUCCCAGGGAACCGGGGCUACCAUGGCCUGCAUGGCCCCCCUGGACUUGCAGGCCAGGCGGGGCCAAAGGGGGAGAAGGGGGUAGGUGUCAACAUCCAGAAGCAGCCGCGUCCUGCCUUCUCUGCCUCACGGAGGUCCCCUCAGUUCACGGGCAGGACAGUGGUGUUCGACAACAUCAUCACCAACCAGGAGAGCUCCUACAGCCCCCAGACUGGGGAGUUCACCUGCAGCAUCCCUGGGCUCUACUACUUCGUCUUCCAGGUGGUCUCCAAUGGGGACCUCUGUCUGAGCAUCACCAAGAACAGGGAGCGCGUGGUCAGCUUCUGCGACCACAACAGCCGCAACAUCCUGCAGGUGAACUCGGGCAGCAGCGUGCUCAGCCUGGCUAUGGGUGACAAGGUCUCCAUCAGCACCGGCCCCGUCGGGGGCAGCACCAUCUACAGCGGCUCCGAGGCAGACAGUGUCUUCAGUGGCUUCAUGCUCUUCCCGCAGAUGUCCCGCAGAUGGGCUGAUGGACAGCCAGUAUGGACUGGCUUAGCACCAGAGCAUUCCGAGCAAGUCUAA